AUGAAUGUGUUAGCACUGGAGACAGAUGCCGGACAUCGUCUUCUCGCACAAUACUGCAGGAUCCAGAGUAGCGGGAAUCUCGAACAAUCCAUAGAGCACUUUGAACGAGCCUUGGAUCUGUGCCCCAUGGAUCAUCCCUACCACCCCGCAGCGCUGUUCAAUCUGGCCACGGCAAAGUUUGUUAGUUGCCAAGCUGACGGAAGAUACCUCGACCUCGACAUCCCCAUCUCUCUUUUUCAACGGGCCCUCGACUUGUGUGCAACUGAUCAUCCGGACCGAGGUGUCAGCCAGCUCCAUCUUGCCAUCGCAUUGCUCUCGCGGUUCGCGAAACGGGGAUUUGAAGCGGAUGCUGAUGCAGCUGAAGAGUUGCUGAGCGAAGUUCUCAAAGCCUGCCAGGCCAACAGCCACAUUUACAGAGCAGCUUUGAUCACAAUGGAAAUUCGGACUCUGCAUUCUGCUGGAAGGAUUAAGGGAAAUGAUCUUGAACAGGAGCAGCCCACCACAUCGAUGUUUCCGUUAUCGCCGAAUCAACUGGCUGAUCAAACAAAGUGGUGUUUGCAGAGAGAUGAACCCGGUGCCUUAGAUGAAGUGAUAUCCCUUCAUUAUGAUGCACUGAGAUACUACAACACCGGGCAUGCCUGCCGAGGGCAAUUGCUAGACGAUCUGGCUGGAAUGCUGGAAACUCGCUUCGAGCCGCUGGGUUUGCACCCGUCAUUAAACAACCUCGCUAGCAAGGAUGAAGACUUGGAUCAGGCUAUCACACUUGACAGGGAAGUGUUGGCUUUACGCCCGGUAGGUCACGCAGAUCGGUCUGCGUCAUUAAGCGACCUCGCGGCUCUCCUCUCCUACUGCUUUGACCACCGAGGGAACGACGAAGACUUAGAUGAGGCUAUCACAUUUCACAGGGAGGCGUUGGAUCGGUCUGCGUCAUUAAGCGACCUCGCCGACCGAGGGAACUACGAAGACUUGGAUGAGGCUAUCACACUUCAGAGGGAAGCGCUGGCCUUACGCCUGGUUGGUCACGCAGAUUGGUUUUUGUCAUUAAACAACCUCGCAAAUCGACUCUCCUCCCGCUUCGAGCACCAAGGCAACGACGAAGACUUGGAGCAGGCCAUCGCACUUCAGAGGGAAGCGCUGGCUUUACGCCCAGUCGGUCACACAGAUCGGUCUGCGUCAUUAAGCGACCUUUCAGUUGAACUCUCCUCCCGCUUUGACCACCGAGGCAAUGACAAAGACUUGGAUGAGGCUAUCACACUUCAAACGGAAGCGCUGACUUUGUGCCCGGUCGGUCAUAUAGAUCGGUCCAUGUCAUUAUACUACCUCGCACAUCAACUCUCGUCUCGCUUUGAGCACCAAGGCAACGAUGAAGACUUGAAUCAGGCUAUCACACUUCUCAGGGACGCGCUGGUUUUGCGCCCGGUCGGUCACACAGAGCGGUCCAAGUCAUUAGAUGACCUCGCCAACCACCUCUCCUCCCGCUUCGAGCACCGAGGCAACAACGAAGACUUGGAUCAAGCUAUCGCACUUAACAGGGAAGCGCUGACUUUACUCUCGGUCGAUCACACAGAUCGGUCCAUGUCAUUAAACAACCUUGCGAGUGGACUCUUCUCCCGCUUUGUGCAUCGAGGCAGGGACGAAGACUUGGAUGAGGCUAUUGCACUUAACAGGGAAGCACUGGCUUUGCGCCCGACCGGGCACACAGAUCGGUCUAUAUCAUUAAACAACCUCGCGGUUGAACUCUCGUCUCGCUUUGAGCACCGAGGCAAUGACAAAGAUUUGGAUCAGGCUAUCGGACUUCUCAGGGAAGCGCUGGCUUUGCGCCCAGUCGGUCACACAGGUCGGUCCAUGUCAUUAGAUGAACUCGCCAAUCAAGUCUCCUCCCGCUUUGAGCACCGAGGUAGCAACGAAGACUUGGAUGAAGCUAUCGCACUUCACAGGGAAGCACUGGCUUUGCGCCCAAUCAGUCACACAGAUCGGUCCAUGUCAUUAAACAACCUCGCGAAUGACCUCUCCUCCCGCUUUGCACACCGAGGCAAGGACGAAGACUUGGAUGAGGCUAUUACACUUGACAGGGAAGCGCUGGCUUUGGUCCCAGUCGGUCACACAGAUCGGUCUAAAUCAUUAAGCAAUCUCGCAAUUCAACUCUCCUUCCGCUUUGAGCACCGAAACAAGGACGAAGACUUGGAUGAGGCUAUCACACUUAAUAGGGAAGCCCUAGAUUUGCGCCCGAUCGGUCACAUAGGUCGGUCCAAGUCAUUAAACAACCUCGCCACUCAACUUUUCACCCGCUUUGAGCACCAAUCGAAUAGAGAAGACCUCGAGGAGUCACGAGAGAACCUGCGCUUCGAAAAUACAGACAGUCUCAAUGUUGCCAUGCAUCAUCUCAAGGCAGCAGCAAAUGUUGUCUCUGCAGGCUUGCUACCCCGCCUGCGGGCGAGUCUGCAUUGGGCGCGCCAUGCUAGUGAAUAUUCACAUGGCACUCAACUGGAGGCAUAUACGAUGUCUAUGCAACUACUGGACGCUUACAUGUCUGUGACGGCCUCAGUGUUGUCUCGUCAUAAAGCCAUGAAGGAAUUCCCAAGGACACUUGCUGUCGACGCUGCAUCGUGUGCCCUUCGCAGUGGCGAUGUGCCUCGCGCUGUUGAGCUGCUGGAGCAAGGCAGAACUAUCAUCUGGACCCAGAUGGCACGCCUCCGGACGCCUCUUGAUAGCCUCCAGACUCACGGCGAUCAUGCAGUGAUUCUGAUGAAAAGAUUCAGAGACCUCAGCUCCCUCCUGGAUAAAACUCCUGCAGAUCAUUCAGAAGACACCCCUAGAGUUGACGUAGAAGCAGACGAAAUCCGGUACAGACGUCUAGUGGAGGACUGGAAUGGAACUGUAGAAGAGAUCCGGAAGAUCGAGGGCUUCUCCCGCUUCCUCCUUCCCCCCUUGUUUUCCGAUCUUCAAGACGCAGGUCGUGAUGGGCCCAUCAUCAUGCUCAUCGCGAGCGAAUCGUCUUGCGAUGCUAUCAUUGUCCCUCAUGAGCAACCUCCCACCAGCAUUCAACUCCCUACCAAUUUUCAGAAACUCGCCGAAUUGGAGAUCGCAUUCCGAGAGGCAGUUCCCAAGGACGCCGGUCCUAAAGGGAACCAACGAGCGCUGAUGGUAGCUUUGAGAAAGCUGUGGGACGUCGUCGUCCGCCCGGUGGUCGAAAAUCUUGGUGCAAUUGCGCGGCGAGGUUCUCGCAUAUGGUGGUGCCCCACGUCUGUCUUUAAUUUCUUGCCAUUGCACGCUGCUGGCGAAUAUAGGAAAGAUGGAGAGUCACUUUCACGGCACUACAUCUCCUCAUACACUCCAUCGCUCACCGCGCUGAUCAAGGCUCGCGCAAAUCAUGACAAGUCCUUGUCGGUGCCCUUUGUCGCCAUUGGUCAGAAUCACCCAGCCGGUGUCUUAUUCACUUUGGAUGCUGUAGAACCUGAGCUGGAAUUGGUGCGGACACUCUUACCCCCUCCCCCGACCCCGCUUUCGCUCCUCGAUAUCGCUCAAAUGGAUCUUUCUCGGCAUCAAUUUGCAUUUCUUUCUGCCUGUGAAACCGCAGUUGGUGUCCCUGCAACGCCGGACGAAGUGAUACACCUGGCGGCUGGCUUGCAAUUUGCCGGGGUCAAGAGCGUUGUUGGGACGUUAUGGAAGGUCGAUGAUCCCACUGUGCAGCGUUUAGUCAAGGCGUUUUACACAAACUUGUGCGGGGAUGGCACGAUGAAUUCCAAACGAGCUGCGCGAGCGCUGCACCGAGCGGUGCAGUUGUUGGCCAGUGAUCGGGACAUUCCCUUGGCCCAGCGCAUAGUGUUCGUGCAUAUUGGCAUAUGAUCGAUUCCGUACGUCCUCCCACCUUGUUGAUC